AUGGUCAGGGACUACGUUCGAAAAACUGAAAGGCAGAAAUGGAGCACUGAAAAGAUGGAAUCUGCCAUAAAAGUUGUUAUCAAUGAAGAAAUGUCACUUGUUCGAGCUGCAACUCAAUUUGGCGUGCCAAAAACCACACUUCUGAGGUACAAAAAUCAAAAACUUCAGGAUCCUACAUUCAGAAUUGACAAAACAAAAGGGAAAUUUACAUGCGUUUUCUCGGCAGAACAGGAAUUGGAACUAGUUGUGUAUCUCAAAGCUAUGGAACGGCGAUUGUUUGGGCUCACAAUGCAAGAUUUUCGGUCAGUUGCGUUUCAACUUGCGGUCAAAAAUGGUUUAGAUCAUUCGUUCAACAAAGAUAAAAAAAUGGCCGGCAAAGACUGGAUGGCGAAAUUCAUGGACAGACAUCCAGAGCUGAGUUUGCGUAAACCUGAAGCGACUUCAGGUGGCAGAGCAAUGGGUUUCAACAGGGUGAACGUUUCUCGAUUUUUCGAACUUCUAACAAGUAUUGUGGAAAAACAUAAGAUAACUGCUGAUCGAAUCUACAAUUGUGACGAGACAGGAAUUACAGUGAAUCCUAAGGGACAUUCCAAAAUCAUUGCUUCUAAAGGGAAACGUCAAGUUGGAGCACUUAAAUCAGCGGAACGUGGCGAAACUGUUACAGCGGAGCUGUGCUUUUCUGCAAGUGGAGCUUACAUGUCACCGAUGCUCAUAUUUCCCCGCAAAAGAAUGCAAAAAGAAUUUGAAUUGGGUUUGCCCCCAGGAUCGUGGGCAGAGGCGCAUGAAACAGGUUGGAUAAAUACUGAAAUAUUCACGAGGUGGUUCCGAAAAUUCAUAAAGUUUUCCAAAGCAAGCAAAGAAAACACCGUUUUAUUAAUCCUGGAUGGACACUCAACCCAUACCAAAAAUAUUGAAGUCAUCGAUUUGGCACGAGACAAUGGAGUUGUUUUGUUGUGCCUGCCGCCCCAUGCUUCUCACCGUCUUCAGCCACUCGAUGUUUCUCUGAUGAAACCAAUCAGUUGCUACUACGAAGCUGAAACAAGGAAAUGGUUAAGGACAAAUCCAGGGAAAGUUAUUACUCUGUGGCAAGUUGCAUCUCUUUUUGGUUCUGCGUUCGUUAAUGCUGCAACUAUGCGAACUGCAAUGAAAGGUUUCGAGAAAACAGGAAUCUGGCCAUUAGACAUGAGCGUCUUCACAGAAGAUGAUUUCUUGCCAUCUGCUCCAACGGACAUUGAUAUUGUUCCUCGACCACCAAUGACAGCAGAAGAUGAACUGGAUUCGAUUACCCAACCCAAAAAUCCAACAACCGAAGCACUCCCGCCUUCACCAUCACUCACUGCUUCAACAUUGCCGAUUGUGACGGUGGCUUCAACACCCAAUAAACCCAUUCAAGAGAGAUCUCAACCAGGGUGUUCUCGGGACACUGGAAUCGCAAUUGAACCGGCCACACCAAGCUCCUUUGUUCUUGCAUCUCCUGAAAGUGUCUUAGCCGUACCCAAAGUAAGCUCCCAGAAACAACGAAAAGUCAACAGAAAAAGGGGAAAAGCUGAGAUCUUGACAGAUUCUCCGUAUAAAAAUGAGCUCAAUGAAUCGCUGCAGCUUAUCAAAAGGAAGAAAGAAGAAAAAGAAAUAAAGGCAGCAACAAGAAAUUUGAAAUUUUCAUCCAAUGUCAAUGGAAAGACUACUGCAAAGAAAAGUACAAUGACAAGUAAGAAAAAUAUAGCAGCAAAACAGUACGAAGAAGAUGAAUCUGAGAGUUCUGACUCAAGCGAUGCGGAGUGCCUUUACUGCAAUGAAUUUUAUUCAAAGUCGAUUGAAGGGUGGAUUGCUUGUGUGAAAUGUCACAAAUGGGCUCACAAUUCCUGUGGCGGCAUCGAUGAAGAGGAUGACGAUACGGUCUUCAUCUGCGAAUUUUGUCGCUGA